UAUCUCAUCGUACAGGGGACUUUCCUCUCUAAACGUUACCAUUGACAAAGUCACAGAUAUUACCGACGAGGUACAAGGCGGUCGGUAACGACGGUUCCUUCAUUACUUCGGGACGAUCAUGAAGUUUUAUCCAACGCUUCAACGACACUGUUGCGAUUACCAGUCGCACGCACAGAGGGCACUGUAUGUACGUUCGGUCGCACGGUUUCUUUUCUGUUCGCUCUUCUUUCCGUGUCGCUGCGCUCCUUCGUAAGUGUAUUUAUCCCGGCACAGGUGUAAAAGCCGCGUAGCGGUUGAUGCACGGACAAUUGUGUUAAUAAACAGCGUCACGCGAGAGAGAUAGUUUGUUCGAACUUCGAAGGCCCGAGUACGGGAUUAGUGUUCUAGUCGCGGUGAGGAGAAGACUUGUACAAGUUUCCUCCGGAAUAGCCGACGCCUCUCCCGCGGAUCGUACAAUCGGACGAGUGCGUUUAUACGGCCCGUCGAGAAAUACAGUCGCAACGUGACCGCAUCACCGGGAGAUCGCUCGCGCGUUGACAGUUCGGCCGAUCGUGCGACGCAGACAUGUCUAACGCGAUAAGCGGCAAGAACUUGCUGCGGCCGAACAGCCUGCAGUGCAAGAACCUGCACGAGUACUUGAAAUCCCGCACCCCCGACACCCUGAACAAGCUGUACCACAAGCCGCCCAUAUGCCUGGCCGUGUUCCGCGAGCUGCCCGUCAUCGCCAAGCACUACGUAAUGAGGCUGUUGUUCGUCGAGCAGCCUGUGCCACAGGCGGUUAUAGCCUCCUGGUGCUCCAAGCUGUACUUCGAGGAGCACCAGAAGGUGGUGCAGAUCCUGAACGAGCUGUACGUGUGGAAAGAGGCGUCCAUACCCGGCGGGCUGCCAGGCUGGAUCCUGAACAACACCUUCAAGAAGAACUUGAAGAUCGUGCUGCUGGGUGGCGGCAAGCCGUGGACCAUGUCCAAUCAGCUGGAGACCGACAGUAAGCCGCGAGACGUCGCCUUCCUGGAUUCUUAUGCGUUGGAAAGGUGGGAGUGCGUCUUGCACUACAUGGUCGGCUCCCAGCAGCAGGAGGGUAUAUCUGCUGAUGCUGUCAGAAUUCUUCUGCACGCGGGUUUAAUGAAGAGAGACGAAGCUGACGGAAGCCCAGUUAUAACGCAAGCCGGUUUUCAGUUUCUACUUUUGGACACGGCUUCACAGGUCUGGUACUUUAUUCUACAAUAUCUCGACACAAUCGAGGCACGUGGUCUUGAUUUAGUAGAGUGCCUUACCUUCCUGUUCCAAUUAAAUUUUUCCACACUUGGUAAAGAUUAUAGUACGGAAGGAAUGUCCGAGGGUCUCUUGACAUUUUUACAACAUUUAAGAGAAUUUGGACUUGUUUAUCAACGAAAACGCAAAGCAGGAAGGUUUUAUCCAACUCGAUUAGCGUUAAAUAUUGCUACUGGUGAAAAUAAACCUUUAACCAGAGAUACAGACAAGGAAGGGUAUAUAGUUGUGGAAACAAAUUAUCGAGUUUAUGCUUAUACGAACUCGAAUCUGCAAGUUGCAUUGCUUGGACUUUUCUGUGAAAUGUUGUAUAGGUUUCCAAAUUUAGUUGUAUCGAUAUUGACUAGAGAUUCCGUGAGACAAGCAUUAAAGAGUGGAAUAACUGCUUCUCAAAUAGUGGGCUAUUUGCAGCAACAUGCACAUAGUAAAAUGAUAGAAGCAGGACCACCUAUAUUACCACCUACCAUUGUAGAUCAAAUUAAGCUGUGGGAAAAUGAAAGAAAUAGAUUUUUGUUUAGCGAAGGAGUUCUGUAUAGUCAAUUUCUUUCGCAAACUGACUUCGAGGUUCUUAGGGAUCACGCGGUCUCAACCGGAGUAUUGAUUUGGCAAAGCGAAAGAAAGAGGACCAUGGUGGUUACCAAAGCUGGCCAUGAUGAUGUGAAAAAAUUUUGGAAACGAUAUUCAAAAGGCUCGAGUUAAUAUUCGAUUAAUAUGGUUCAGUUGUAAGCAUUUUAUGUAUGUGUUGUUGUUUCCUAUAUUCUUACAAAAAAAAUAUUGUUCCAAGAAAGUGCCUAGAAAAACUAGAGAAGCAUUCUUGACAUAGACUGAAAAAAAUGUUUUCUUUUUAAUCGAUGCCAAAGCUCUCUCAGGACAGACUAGGUUUUGAUAAUGAGUGUGAUAUUGAAUUAAUGAAAUAAGCGUUUAGAUAUUUAA